AUGUCGGCCGCUAUGGAUAGAGCCUUAAUGGCUAUCUCUUUGGAAGAGGAGGACGAACCGUUUGAAAUGCCAGAUCUACCAGGUUUCUGUUCCAAUAAGAAGAACGAGCUGAGCCUGGUUGGUAGACUGUUAAACCCGGAAUGUCAAAAGAUGUCGACUCUCAUCUGGAGAAUGCACGGGAAAUGGCAAAAAGAAGGAAAGUGUCGGGGAGUUGCUUUGACUCAGCAACGCUUCCAGUUCUUUUUCGAUAAGGAACACGACCUGUUGGAUGUACUUGAGAAAGGGGUCCAUACCUUCAACGAAUGGGCGUUGGCUAUUGAAAGAUGGGUGGAAGAUCCGCCAGACGACUACUUGCAAUACAUUCCUCUUUGGAUUCGAAUAAGCAACAUACCCAUGAACUACUAUACGGAGGAAGCCAUAAUGGCGCUUGGGGAUCUGGUAGGGGAAGUAAAAGAAAUCAUCUUUGAUCCGUCGAAACCCCAGACUCAACCGUAUGAAAGGGUUCAGGUGAAGUUUAAUGUUGCGAACCCUCUAAGGAUGUCGAAGAUAGUCAAGAUAAAAGGAGGAAAGUCGGUAACUAUACAUUUCAACUACGAGCGGAUUCAGAAGCGCUGCUUCACUUGCCAGAGGCUGAAUCACAAGCAGAGUAUUUGUCCCUUGAUGGUGAAAAGGAGGAAGGAGGAAGCUUUGGCAAGACGUCAUAAGAUCUCUAAGGAACUGGAGUUGAAAAAAAUGGUCGCAGAGGAGGAUGAUCCACUUUUUGGAGUGCUGAAAGAAGAUCAGGUGGGAAUUAACUCGGUCACGGAAAGACCGAAAAUAGCAAAAGAGGUCUUGGAUGAGAUGAGGCAAUAUUUGUUAAUGGCCACAGAUGAAGACAAACUGAGUAGAGAAGAGAGAGUAAAGUCUUCUGUGGCUGCGGUAGAAAAAGACCAUGUUUUACAAUGUACGGUCCUUCGUUUGGAACCACCCCCGAUUCGAUCUCAAGAUUUUAACAAAGGCAAAGGAAUAGUGUUUACCUAUGAGGCAAACAACAAAAAACCGUCUGGAAGAGAUCUGUCAGAGAAGCUGAUGGCUUCAGCAAUUAGAGCGGGAACAGCGGGGAGGUGGAAUGCCAGCACCAUCUCCAGUGCAGAAAGUGAUGGAGCAAACUUCUAUGGUGACUUUAUUGGCUCUUCUGAUAGCUCAACGGUCUUUAGCACUGGUUUUUCGGAACCAUGUACUUCAGCCGGGGCUAAAAAGAAAACCUAUCAACGUAGGAGGCCUCCGAAAUCAAGAAGAAAACCGAGACUCUUAACUGCUGUUGAUAAGCAGGAAGGUGUUCUAUUGGAUAAAUCAGCUGAGAAGAGAGUGGAAGGGUGCAAGAAGAGAAAGGUAGAGUCUGAAGUUGGGGAGCUUCUAGUCUCGGCGAAGUCUAAAAACCCCAAAGGGAUUGGGGUGUACUCAAGACCUGACAAUUCAACGUCUCCGGGAGAUACGUUAAAAAUAUUUUCCGGAGAUAAUGUUCUUGAUGGAAACGAAGAAUUAGGUUUGAGUGGGGGCCUGGCUGUAUUUUGGAAGAGUGACAUCAAGUUGGAGUUUAAGUUUGCGGAUAAGAACUUGAUCGAUAUGAAAGUGCAGUUCGGAGAGUUUAACUUUUUCCAAUCUUGUAUUUAUGGGGAGCCGUCUUCGGAAGGGAAAGAGAUUGUUUGGGAAAGACUGAGCAGGAUAGGAGUCGGCAGAAGUGAGAAAUAG